AUGGAGCUAACCCAAUUCAAGAGUCAUAAUGGGGCUACAGACGAUCGGCUUGGUUACCAGGGUAUUGGUGACUCUUCUGCCAGUGCACCUCACCUGGAUCAAGGAUUGGCAUUGGAGCCUGUGGGCGCCCUUUGGAAGAAGCAAAAAGUCACGUCUACUAGGAGCGGCGAUGCUGCUGAUUAUAUGCGUAAUCAUUGGAUGGAUAAUACACACGCCUCUAGGAGUACCAUCAACAAAUACUCUGAACCCCAGCUAGAUUUACGCUUGACUUUGAAGCCUCCGGACGGCUUGAGGGGAAAACGAAAAGCUGCAUCUACUACACCCGGAGGUCCUGCGGACUUCAUCAGUUGGUCGGUAUUGCCUGUGGAGAACAAUGGGAACAAUUUUAAUUUCAAACCGCAUCCAAUUCUGGGCUCAUCUUUCAAGGAUCAGGCUGCCUUGAAGAUGAAUCAAGAGGUUUCUGCCCCUGCACCAGCAAUGGAGGCCGAGAAUAUCAAUGGGCAGAUACUUCCACAAAAAACCCCUGAAAUAACCACUGGUCCCAAUAGUUCUCUGCGUGUGCCUGUAGUCCAAUUAAUGUCCAAGUCACCUUCUGAAGUUCCCGAUUGGAUGAGAGACAAACCUCAGGUUACGGUCGCCCAAGAUAAAGAACUAUCGGAAGCUGACCACGCGUCAAAAACAAUUCCAAUGUCACCGCAUCGCAGCCCACCCCUUCCCUUAAUCAAAGAAAAGCUGAAAGUUGAUAUAACCUUGAGGAAAAAGAUUGCACAUGCUUUACCGCGGGGGGGAAAAGACAACAAAACAGUUCACGUUGCAAAGGUCUCCGAAAUCAAGAAAAAGAAAAAAGUGAUAGAAAGUUCAUCGAUGAGAAGUAAGAAAACAAGGCAAACAAAUCUAAAAAUGCAAUCCCUGUUUUAUUCGAGGCAUGUGGAGAAGAUAUGGGGAUGGAUUUUUGGAGGGACAGCCUAUUGCACUGACUCCAAACAUCUUGAGUUGAAGGACAAAAGGAAUUCACAAUUUACCACCGAACUUGCUUCAAAAAUGAACGAAAUGCUUGAACAGCGGCGUGUUUCCGGAAGUUUAGUCACCACUUCUGAGGUCCACGAGAACGCGACACAGUUUGUUGACCUGCUUUUGUUGAUCAACCUGAGAUUGCUUCGGGGAUUCGGGAAUGCAUCUGACGAAUUGUAUUUACAAGAGCUCGAUGUGCUGCACACAUGGCUUCUCGAUGUUCUUACAAAAGAAUGUAAUCCCAGUCUCAGUGCUCAUGAAGGUAGAAGCGUAUUCCCAACGCUCACGCUCGAUCAGGUGGUAGAUAGCAUUUAUAACGCACUCAGUUCAAAAUUAUCAAACUCACUGAUUUACCGACUGGUAAGGCAAGACACUCAUUCGGAAGCUUUUGUGGGAGUAAUCUCUGAAAGUCAGCUGGUGAUGACUAAAACAAUAGUAACUUUACUAUCUUCGUACUAUAAAUUGGAGAACACAGAUAAGUGGAACCUGUUAUUCCGAGGUGAACACGCUUUCUUAUCACACAUGGCAAAACUUCAAAGCCCAUACAUAAAACACGAAGCCCUAGCGAAAGAAGGAUCUAAGAAGGAGUCCAGCCAAUGUGGGAAACGACGUGUGGGCAUCAAUUGCACUGGUCCGUAG